AUGGACAACUUUCCUGACGGCGUCUCCCCCGAUCUCCUCGUGCCACUCUCCUACGACGACAACAUCGCCUACGAGGAGCAGCUCCCCACCCACUCCGACAACGACGCAGCAUCCCUUGCUAACCGCAUCGGCACCAGCAAAGUUUAUUUACUCGCAGAAACGUCUGUAGCAACAGGCAGAAUCGGCAAGCGUAAGCAUGCCGAAGAAGAAGAAGAGGAAGACGUUACCAUGGAGGAGGACGACUCGAUCGGAGAGGACACAACAUACAGAGCAAACGCUCUCUUAUUCCAAGGGUCUCCUAUAGCCCACUUACCAACAACACGAAUAUUCGCCUACGCAACACACUUUGACACGCACCCCAUGGGGCUCGAAUGGGUCGACGACACCACCUGCAUCCUCGUAUUCGAAACCAAAGCAUCCGCCCGCCUCGCCUACCGGUACCUCCUAAAAUCAGCAUCAGAAGAACCCGAUUUCGAAGGAUGCAUCACCGCAAAGUCCAUCCCCAUCGCUCUCUGGCCACCAGAAGAACGCAUCAACAAGAGUCUGGGGAAGGGGGAGGGCUUGAAGGGCGUCAUUCGCAUGCGCUGGGCUAGGACGGAGGAUGUCAAGAAGAAGGGCGCGAAGAACCAGAGCCAGUUUUACAAGAAGCACGGAACGGCGGCUGGGAAAGAGCUUUUCAACGGCCGGGAUUUGCCCCCUCCAAAACGGAGGCGAAGGGAAGACGGAGGCGUUGAUGAAGAAUUGGAGCGAGCGCAACUUGAUGACGAGUUGGACGCGUUCCUCGCUGCGGACGACGACGAGGUGGUUGAGGAGGUCGUGGAACCCGCCAGAGAUCCCUCACCUCCUUCGAAGAUGCGGUCCGACUAUAUUGCCGACGAUGGGCGGACGUUACUUGAACGAACUUCGGUCCUGCGCAUGCACUCUGACAAUACACCCGACCUAGCGUCUCGGAUCACUGCGCGUCUACCACGUCGGGCGCGGGGGGCGCUUGCCAUGGACAGCGUGGGUGACCGAAUAGAGUCUACAGAAAAACUGGAGUGGGGACCUUCAUUGGAGCAUAGUAGACGGGGUGGGAGAAGGAGAGAUAAUCCCCGGAGGAGUGGGAGACCCAAAACAGAGAGGAAUGGUGGUCGGACGGAGAGACCGAGGAAAACACAGGAAGAGUUGGACGCGGAACUCGACGCGUUUCUCAAUGAGCCCUAA